AUGCCCGACACAGCCGACGAAUGGGAGUACGAGUAUGACGAUGUCGAGACAGAGGACUUCUACAUCCCAAUCGACUUGUCGAACGUCCCCAAAGGCCAGAAACAUGUCGACAGCGAGCGCCGCACAGGUCAUCCCACGCUCUUGAAGAGCAGACUACGCGCGCUCAACGCGCAGCGCGGCCAGCAACAGGAUGCGCAAGUAGUCGACAGCACCAACGGGCAGGAGCCAGAAACUUUGGGCGAAGCACAGAUCAUUGGCUUGCAUACCGAAAACCCGCUCGUUAUGUAUAACGGCCAAUUGCUGAGUCUUCAAUGGGCGUCGACGAUUGGGACGGACAUGUUCUUCGCAAAGCCGGACACGGAUGCAGACUCUGAGGAGAAGCCGCUUCGUUCGCUGCCAAAUGUGGAUCUGCUGGCUAUGAGCUCUGCAAAAUUAGUUGCGAAAGUCGGGCGUCUGCGGCCUCGAGAUGAUCUUUUCGACGAUGUUGAUGAGGCGAAUGGAGCGACUGCGCAGAAUGCAGCUGCCACGCAGCCUGAGGUAAAUGUCGGGGACGCGCAAGAAUCUGCUGAAGUGUCAGAGCCAGCGUCCACGAGCUUUCUUGCAAAACUGAACGCGGCGAAGGCAAAGAGAGGGGACUCGAAGCGUCUUGCUAUCUCUAAGUCCGGUGAUGGCUUGCAUCUGAUGUCUGAAGCGGUGCGGCCUGGUACAGAAGAUGGGGGUGAUGUUGAGAUGGGCGGCACUUGAUGAAUAUAAACGGAGUCCUGCGAAAGAGCUGAGAAUUGCAACGCGGUGAUGGAAAGGAUAUGUAAAGGUGUGGACCAAACAGUGCCUUCCCUGGGCAUGCUUGCC